GCAAUCCUUAAACAUCGCGAACAGCCUCACCUUUCCCAGUCUCAGUAACUCCACCAUGUCCCUCCUCCUCAGAGCGUUCCCUCUUACAUCUCUCCGCUCAAAGUCCCUCCCUCUCCUUCGUGCUAUUCUCAAACCAUUCUCCAAAACACUUCCCAGAAAUAGAGUCGCUUUCUCCGCUUCCGCUUCUACCCAUAUUCCCAACACCAAAUCAUCAUUAUCACUUCCCAACAACUCUCUCGAAUGGGUCAGUCGGACUGGAUUCUGCGGAGAAUUAUCCGAGGCCGACUUGGGUAAACGGGUUCGGCUCUGCGGCUGGGUCGCGCUCCACAGGGUCCACGGUGGUCUCACCUUUCUCAAUCUCAGAGACCAUACUGGUAUCAUUCAGGUUACAACUCUACCAGAUGAGUUUCCUAAUGCCCAUUCGACUGUUAAUGACUUGAGGCUUGAGUAUGUGGUUGCCGUGGAAGGCAUUGUUCGGUCUCGGCCAAGUGAGUCGGUCAACAAGAAGAUGAAAACGGGCUCAAUAGAGGUUGCAGCAGAGUGCGUUCAAGUAUUAAAUGCUGUGAAGUCUAAGUUACCAUUCUUAGUUACCACGGCGGAGGAUGCAAAAGAUUAUGUCAAGGAGGAGAUCCGAUUAAGAUAUCGAUGUCUUGAUCUUCGGCGGCAGCAAAUGAAUUUCAACAUAAUGCUGCGACAUAAGGUGGUUAAACUUAUUCGGAGAUAUCUAGAGGACACACAUGGUUUUGUGGAGAUUGAGACUCCAAUACUCUCUAGAUCUACUCCAGAAGGUGCACGGGAUUAUUUGGUACCAUCAAGAGUUCAGCCAGGAGCAUUCUAUGCUUUGCCUCAAAGUCCGCAACUGUUUAAGCAGAUGUUAAUGGUCUCUGGUUUUGAUAAGUAUUAUCAAAUAGCAAGAUGUUUUCGAGAUGAAGAUCUAAGGGCAGAUAGACAACCUGAAUUCACACAGCUAGAUAUUGAAAUGGCUUUCACUCCUUUGGAGGACAUGUUGAGGCUUAAUGAAGAUUUGAUCAGAAAGGUUUUUCUAGAGAUCAAAGGUGGACAGCUACCGAACCCUUUUCCAAGGCUUACAUAUGCUGAAGCAAUGAGUCGAUACGGUUCUGACAGGCCAGAUGUUAGAUUUGAUCUUGAGUUGAAAGAUGUAUCUGAUAUUUUCUCAGAAUCCCCCUUCAGGGUUUUUGCAGAUACCUUGAAGAGUGGGGGAAUUAUUAAAGUGCUAUGCGUGUCCUCAGGUGCUAAAAGUUAUUCAAAUACAGCCCUUAAGAAAGGUGAUAUUUUCAAUGAAGCUAUCAAAUCUGGAGCUAAGGGUUUGCCUUUCUUGAAGGUCGUGGAUGAUGGGGGUCUUGAGGGAAUUUCUGCACUAGUAUCUAGUUUGGAUCCUACAAACAAAGAGCAACUGCUGAGUCGAUGCUCUGCUGGACCAGGUGACCUUAUGUUGUUUGCAGUGGGUCAACAAGCAUCAGUAAAUAGAACUCUUGACCGUCUGAGGGUAUUUGUGGCUCAUGAGUUGUGCUUGGUUGACCAUUCCAGGCAUUCAAUUUUGUGGGUCACUGAUUUCCCUAUGUUUGAGUGGAAUGAUUCAGAGCAGAGGCUUGAGGCCUUGCAUCAUCCCUUCACUGCUCCCAAUCCUGAAGACAUGAAUGAUGUUGCCUCUGCUCGUGCGUUAGCUUAUGACAUGGUUUACAAUGGAGUAGAGAUUGGUGGGGGAAGUUUGAGAAUAUAUAAACGCGACAUACAAAAAAAGGUUUUGGAAAUUGUUGGCAUCUCCCAGGAACAGGCUGAUGCAAAGUUUGGCUAUCUGCUGGAGGCAUUAGACAUGGGUGCUCCUCCACAUGGAGGAAUCGCGUAUGGAUUAGAUAGAUUGGUUAUGUUGUUAGCAGGUGCUAAUUCUAUCAGGGAUGUCAUAGCUUUCCCAAAGACGACGACUGCGCAGUGUGCCCUCACCCGGGCACCGUCGGAGGUGGAUCCUCAGCAAUUAAAAGAUCUGUCUUUCCAAACUCAAUAGUUUCUUCUUCAGUCGUUAAUCUACAUCAAAUAUUUAUUUGAAGUUACUCGUUUCAUAUUCCCUUAUGUUUAAGCAACAAUAUAAGAAUCUUCUCCAUGCAGCUCCGGCCAUGUCUUCAAAGUUUGAACAUGAUGAAUGUUCGUUCCAUUUUAAACGUUUAA